AGACUAUCAACGUCAAUUGUUACUCACAUAAUUUUUCUCUGAUACGUUACUUCAGUACAAAACAAUGCUACCUAUAGUCCAACUAACCAACUAUCCAAAUCAGUAUGGAUACUGUUAGAUAUCAUCUGAGUCAGUUUAUGGAUUCACGUAUAACACUGUGUGAUCGAUUGCGCACGAUCGAAGCCAGAAUGGAAAGUUGCCGACAAGAUGGUAAACCUUAUGAUAUGUAUAUUGAAGAAAUGAACAGUCUAACUGAAUGGAUUCAAUGUCAAACACAACAAAUUAGCGACUUGCAACAAAAACUUAUGGAUGCCGGUGAAAUAUCGUCGACAGAUGCCUCCAGUUCACCUGAUUCGACUGCUCAAAUGCUCUCAUCUCGUUUAUCCCAACUACACAGCAUCCAAGAAGCACGAAUAGCUUUGAAAUAUCUAUUCAGACAAGCAUCGUCAUCUGAAGUUUCUAAGAUUAAUUUAGAAACUCAAAUAUACAAAUUGGAAUCCCAACUGGACGCAGAGAAACGAAAAUCUGAGGAGAAUUCAAAAUCUAAUGCAGAUUCACAUACACGUCGAUGUAAAUGCCGAGGGACAUGUCAAGCACGGUGUAGUUGUAGACGUUCUGGUCGUCCGUGUGUCCCAUUGCGUUGUUACUGCGUUUCAGGUGUAUGCAAAAACCAUUUAGAUUCAUCAUCACAAGACAGUCAAAUAGUUAUGGGACCACCAUCUGGAUUACCCGUUAUAUUACGUCCAAAACGUAAAACUCGUGCAUUACAAUUAGAUAAAAUCUCCAACUGACAAUUCACAACUAUAUGACGGUGGGUCACUUCGUUAUUUAUGGCCUAAAAAUCGUUUAUCUUAUUUUCCCAGUCCACUAUCGCGUUCAGACAGAUAAACGUUUUCUACCGGCCAAAAAUCUCCCAGAAAUGUACUUCACCAUCCUGUCUACAUUGAUUUCCUUUCUUAGUUUAAAACACUAGUACGUGGUUUCUGUGUAUGGACGCUAUUAUUUUAUCUCUUUUCCCUUCUUCUAUCCAGUUUACGUAUAUAUUUGUUGCUUACGAUAGAACCAGUAGGAUUACAUUAAUUUGUGUGUUGUGUUUUGCUUCUUUAUUUUUCACAAUCGUAGUCCAUUUCAUUAUGUAUAUUUCAGCUCCGAUAUCGUGAUUUGUUGUUCAUAAAAGAAUAAGUACACUAAAACAAUCGUUGUGAAACCGUUUCUGGUUUUCUCUUGUAAUUACAGGUUGAUUUUUCCUCGUUUCCUCUAAACUUCAUGUUGGCACUUAUAACGCCGAACACUG